AGCUGGAGAAAGUGUUCGCCGAGCACCAGAUCUCCUUCAGCGGCCAGUUCCUCGUCAAGUCCGGCUAUGCCUUUGUGGACUGCCCCGACGAGCAGUGGGCCAUGAAAGCCAUCGAAACUUUCUCGGGGAAAGUGGAGCUCCAUGGGAAGCAGCUGGAGAUCGAACACUCGGUGCCCAAAAAGCAAAGGAGCCGGAAGAUCCAGAUCCGGAACAUUCCGCCGCAGCUGCGAUGGGAGGUUUUGGAUGGGCUGCUGGCCCAGUACGGCACCGUGGAGAGCUGCGAGCAGGUGAACACGGACAGUGAGACCGCCGUGGUGAACGUCACCUACGCCAACCGGGAGCAGACCCGGCAGGCCAUCCUGAAGCUGAACGGGCACCAGCUGGAGAGCCACGCUCAGGUCUCCUACAUCCCAGACGAGCAGCCCGAGCAGGGCGGCGGCGGGGCGGGCGGCGCGUGGCGGGGCCCGCCGGGCUCCCCCCUGCCCGCGGGGGCGCCCCCCAAGGCGCCGCCCCCCGACGUGCCCCUGCGCCUCCUGGUGCCCACCCAGUUCGUGGGCGCCAUCAUCGGCAAGGAGGGCGCCACCAUCCGCAACAUCACCAAGCAGACGCAGUCCAAGAUCGACGUGCACCGGAAGGAGAACGCGGGCGCGGCCGAGAAGGCCAUCAGCAUCCACUCCACGCCCGAGGGCUGCUCGGCCGCCUGCAGGAUGAUCCUGGACAUCAUGCACAAGGAGGCCAAGGACACCAAGACGGCUGACGAGGUCCCCCUGAAGAUCCUGGCCCACAACAACUUCGUGGGGCGCCUGAUCGGCAAAGAGGGACGGAACCUCAAGAAGGUGGAGCAGGACACGGAGACCAAAAUCACCAUUUCCUCGCUGCAGGAGCUGACCCUGUACAACCCCGAGCGCACCAUCACGGUCAAGGGCUGUCCCGAGAGCUGCUGCCGCGCCGAGCAGGAGAUCAUGAGGAAAGUGCGCGAGGCCUACGAGAACGACGUGGCGGCCAUGAGCCUGCAGUCCCACCUCAUCCCCGGGCUGAACCUGGCCGCCGUCGGGCUCUUCCCGGCCUCCUCCGCGGCGGUGCCGCCGCCCCCGAGCGGCGUCUCCGGGGCCACUCCCUACAGCUCCUUCCUGCCCCCCGAGCAGGAGACCGUGCACGUGUUCAUCCCGGCGCAGGCGGUCGGGGCCAUCAUCGGCAAGAAGGGCCAGCACAUCAAGCAGCUCUCGCGCUUCGCCAGCGCCUCCAUCAAGAUCGCGCCCCCGGAGACGCCGGACUCCAAGGUGCGCAUGGUGGUGAUCACCGGCCCGCCCGAGGCGCAGUUCAAGGCGCAGGGCAGGAUUUACGGGAAGCUGAAGGAGGAGAACUUCUUCGGGCCCAAGGAGGAGGUGAAGCUGGAGACGCACAUCCGAGUGCCAGCCUCAGCCGCCGGCCGCGUCAUCGGCAAGGGCGGCAAGACCGUGAACGAGCUGCAGAACCUGACGGCGGCCGAGGUGGUGGUGCCGCGGGAGCAGACCCCGGACGAGAACGAGCAGGUGAUCGUCAAAAUCAUCGGGCACUUCUACGCCAGCCAGAUGGCGCAGCGCAAGAUCCGCGACAUCCUGGCGCAGGUGAAGCAGCAGCACCAGAAGGGCCAGGGCGGCCAGAGCCAAUCCCGGAGGAAAUAGGGAUCCCAAAUCCCGGGAGAACGAGGACACGGCACGGCCAGGCCGGGCUCUGAGUGCCUGGGAAUCAGCAACCGCAGGGAGACGGGGAGCGGGGAAUCCGCAGGGAGACAGGGAAUGUGCAGGGAGACAGGGAACCCGCAGGGACGGGAAUCAAUCCACAGGGAUCGGGAAUGUGCAGGGAGACAGGGAAUCCGCAGGGAGACAGGGAAUCAAUCCGCAGGGAUCGGGAAUGUGCAGGGAUCGGGAAUCAAUCCA